CCUGCCUGUUUGUGAGGGCUGUCUUGGACAGUAAUGGUUCACUGCUUCUAUUGGAUUAUGAGAGGGAUUUUAAACUGGUACUAAGCCGCAGGGCUGUAGACAGCCUGCGGAGCGCAGGAGCUGUGUGUUUGGGCAUGUGUAUAUAGGGGUGUGUGUUUGUGGGUGUGUGUGUGCAUGUGUGUGUUUGUGUGUCCUAGAGUCCCCAGCAGUCAGCUUGUCUCUACUGUUUUCCAUUGUCUGUGGCCAGAGGUGGAGGGAGGCACAGCAUCUGAAAUAUGAACCUAUUCUGCUUCUCUCUGGAGGGCUCGACGGACAGCCUGUAUGAGCCUGCUCUCAACAAACACCCAGUCAUCCAAGAAGACAGUUGUAGAGUUCCCAGUCGACACAACAGCCGACACAGCAGCCCUUCUCUGAGGGACAGGGCCAAGUGGAGAGGCUCAGAUCCAUGUAUACCCACAGAGCUGUCCGAGGCUCACAAAUCCCAUUUGAAAAAGAAGAAGAGAAGAUGUACUUCUCUCCAAAGAUCCACAAACAAAUUGGCAAGCCCAGUCCAUUUACUGACAUCACAUGUACCAACAACGUCAACAUCGGACAAUGAAACCAUAGAUAACACAGACACUAAUGUCUACUGGCAGUCACCCAGAGAGAAGCAAGAUUUUGUUCACAUCAAGAAUAAUCACAACGAAGAGAUGGGUCAAGGUCCUUGUCAGAGAAGCGUGCUGGCGGUAGAGGACAGAGUGGAGCAGCUGAACUCUGAAAGAAGAGAAAAAGAGCCCACAACUCAGGGGGUGAACUUCGAGGCCUGGAACCCAAACUAUGAGCCCCCUGACAUCCAUCAGCAGAACAUGACUGGGGAUGCGGAAGCUGACAUGGCUGAAUCUAAGGGAAAGCUGAAGAGGUUCCAGAGGCUAGUGAAAGUGAAGAAGGGAAGCCAGAUGGGACUAGAUGAUGGAAAGACUGACAGCAAUUGUCACUUGGCAGAUUCUGUGUUCAGUAACGAAAGUCCUGUCAUCACCUGCAUCGGGCUGGGGAAGAAGACAGAGAAGAAGUCCUCGAAGGCUGACCCACCAGCGCCACAGAAGCAGCAGACUAAGGAGACCAAUGGGAAAGCUGUGGAAGGACCUUGGAGCACUGGGGUUCACCACCACCACUGGGGCCUCACAGAAUUCCCUCCACCCUGGGAUGUCCCCUACCACACCUGCCACCGGCCCCCAGGCGAGCCUCGGAACUAUGGCUUUGACUUCACCCUGCCCCGAGCAACAGCUUGGGACCGCUUUGAGAGUCUGGUCCAGGAACUGGACAGCAAACAGACGCCGCCAGUGUUCUCACACCAACGGGUCAUCCGCUCGAUCACAGAUCUGGACAUCUCAGAAUCCACGGUAAGAUACGGUUCUCUUAAAGGAUCAUACAUACAGGUCUGACAGAGGUAUUGAGGGAAGCUGUGGGACUGGUGUUUCCUGAGAAAUGAUUGCUUUGUUGGGCACACUUUCCCCUACACAGGCAAAUUUCGAUUUGGUAUUUAUUUAAAAAAGAACAAGCUUAUUAAGGUAAUAGAACGGAAACUGCAAUAUACAGGCUUUGUGGUAAUUCACCCCUUCCUGUGCUCACCAGUCACUUGGCCACUUCCUCAUAAGUAAUUUUACUGGUUACAGUGAACUACCAAAAAACUAUGAAGACAACAGUUUGUGACAUAGUCUGAAAAGUCUUUCGACCUUAAACAA